AUGCUUCAAUCCGGCGACCCCGUCCAAAUCCAGGGCUGCAGCCACAAAUUGCGUUACCUUCAAACGUCCACAGGCAAUUCGGAUCUCGAUUCACUGCUCGGCGGGGCGCUUCCGAAUACGGCAGUUUGUGUGGUCGAUGAGUUAAAUACAAGAUGCUACGGCGACGUGCUGCUUCGAUAUUUCGCUUCGGAAGGCGCCCACAAUGGUCACGACGUGCUGGCCGCCGGUCCGGGCUCGGAAGACUUAUUCAAGAGACUGCCGAAGCGAAUAGAGGCGGAAUCUAAGGACAUGAAAUCGGCUUUCCCGGAUGAGGGCCUGAAAAUCGCCUGGCGAUAUCAGACGGUGGACCAGAAGUCGACUAAUGUAGGAGCCCCGAAAACCCGCUACGACCUGGCCAACAACCUCGAGAAGCCCGAGUUUUCCGGAAGUCGUCUUUCCCACAUUGCCGAAAUGGACUACGAAGCGGCGCUGGCGAAAAUACAACAAGAAUUGGCAAAGGAGGAGUAUAGCAAGGAAAUCAAGGGCUCGAAAAAGCGAUUUCUGCGAGUCGUUCUCAGCAAUUUGGGCUCGCCACUUUGGUCGAAUUUGGAGCUUUUGCCGCGGUUCCUCGCUGAUUUACGAUUUGCUUGCCGACACUCGUACGCCGUCGUGAUGGCCACGAUAGAUUCGGGCGCUAUUCAGAAAGACCUACUACGAACGAUCACCGCGCUGUCGGAUGCGAUGUUCCAGUUGGCGCCAAUCGAGGAGAACCAGCGAAAAGCGCUCGGGCUAUCGGACAAGACGCACGGCUAUUUUAAGAUAAUUCGACUGCCUUGCCUGCACACGACGCUCGCCUUCAAGCCCGCCGCCACCGAUCUGACGUUCGAGCUGCAUCGGAGGCACUUUGAUAUUAAGGUUCUCCACCUCCCGCCCGCCUUCGAGGACUACUCCACGACAAAGGAGCCGCCGAAGGGAGGCUCGUGCUCCGCUGGACUGUCCGCUUUC